GCGGCUGGCCCGGCCCGCCGGGGAGGAAGGGAAGGGACGGAAGGGGAGCGGGUUGCGCUGUUGCCCUUUUAAGCGAGCGGGCGGGCGCAGGAGGCCGGUACAAAGGGAGCUCCGCCGUGCCCCGCCGGCUGGGGCUGCCCCGGCCCCGCCAUCUUCCGCCCCGCAGGCGCGGCCGGGGCCAGGCUCGGGCCGGCCGAGUCGGAGCGAGGCGGCGGCAGCGCAGGCCCGGGCCCGGAGAUGAGGCCAGGAUGUCGGUGUCAGGGCUCAAGGCCGAGCUGAAGUUCCUCGAGUCCAUCUUCGACAAGGACCACGAGCGCUUCCGCAUCGUCUCCUGGAAGCUGGACGAGCUCCACUGCCAGUUCGUGCUCCUGCCGCCGCCGCCGGGCUCCAGCCCGCAGCCGCCGCCGCCGCUCACCAUCCACUGCAACAUCACGGAAUCUUACCCCUCUUCAUCACCAAUAUGGUUUGUAGAAUCAGAUGACCCAAACCUGACUUCAGUCUUAGAGCGUUUAGAAGAUAUUAAGAAGAGCAAUACUCUGGCAGUUUGUAUUCCACAGAAACUACUGGUGCACUGA